CUACCAUCCACACCCGCCGGCUGUAUAAGCCUCUCUCAGAUUUAAACCUCCUUCUGACCUGAUUGCAAGACACCAUGUCUUUCUUCAGCUCGGCGGUGUCCUCGACGGCGCCUGCCGCCGCGCCCGACAAAGACAUCGAAGUUGCGGAGCCCCCGUCCGAUUCGAUAUCCUCGCUGUCGUUCUCGCCACAGGCGGACUACCUGGCUGUGGGGAGCUGGGAUAAUAAUGUGCGCGUAUACGAGGUGGGCGCGAAUGGGCAGACGCAGGGGAAGGCGAUGUACUCGCACCAGGGCCCCGUGUUGGGUGUGUGCUGGAAUAAGGACGGGACGAAAAUAUUGUCCGGCGGCGCCGACAACGCCGCGCGGAUGUUCGACGUGCAGACGGGGCAGUCGACGCAGGUCGCGGCGCACGACGCGCCGGUGAAGGCGGUGCGCUGGAUCGAGACGCCGCAGGCGGGGAUCCUCGUGACGGGGAGUUGGGAUAAGACCGUGAAGUACUGGGAUCUGCGCUCGUCACAGCCGAUCGGGACGGUGACGCUGCCCGAGCGGUGCUACAGCCUUGACGUUGCAUACCCCCUUAUGGUGGUCGGGACGGCCGAGCGCCACCUUUGCAUCUUCAACCUCAACAACCCGAUGACGCCGCACAAGACUAUGCAGUCGCCCCUGAAAUGGCAGACGAGGGUGGUGUCGUGUUUCCCGACGAGCAACGGGUUCGCGGUGGGGAGUGUCGAGGGACGUGUAGCUAUCCAAUAUGUGGACGAUAAAGACGCAACGAAUAACUUCUCGUUCAAGUGCCAUCGUAGGGACGCAACUCCCAACUCGAAAGAUCAAUCCCUAGUGUUUGCAGUGAACGAUAUCACUUUCCACCCCGUGCACGGGACGUUUUCCACUUGCGGUUCCGAUGGUACCAUCAACUUCUGGGAUAAGGAUGCCCGUACACGACUGAAGACCUUUGAGCCUUGCCCAGGCCCCGUCACCUCGACUGCCUUCAACCGCAACGGGAGCAUAUUCGCCUACUCCGUUUCCUACGACUGGUCAAAAGGCCACUCCGGCAUGACGCCAGGACACCCGAACAAAAUCAUGCUGCACGCGUGCAAAGAAGAGGAGGUGAAGAAGAGAGCCGUGAAGGGUCGGUGAUAGUAGCUCGUAGAUGUUUUAUGCUGGGGAGUGUUCGAUAGGAGUAGGAGUAUAUACAGUGUUGGAAGGUAUAUACGAAGUGUAGUGCGAUCCGUUUGUUUCUCCUGUAUAAAUCCUUGUAAUUCGUUGCUCCUGUCCACAAGGCAGACUACCCGCC